AUGGCCAUGCAAAUGUGUAACAGACGUGUCACUCAAGUGACGACAAGUUUUGUUCGACAAAUUGCUAAACCAUUACCAAUGAAAAUUGAAGAUGAUCAUCAUGAAGCUGAGCAUACGCAUAUUCCUGUGCCAAAAGCAUCAGCACCAAAAACAUUGUUCUCAAUGAAUAAACAUUUAUUGAGAGGAAACGUAUCAAUUGCAACUGGUCUUAGCACUGCUCUUAGUGUUCGCCAUGCGCAUACUGAUAUUCAAGUGCCAAAUUUUGAUUUUUAUCGUCGAAAAGCACGCCUUGAUGCAUCGAAAUCAUAUCGAGAUGCUGGCGAUGCCGCUUCACCUUACUCAUAUUUAGCUCCUGUGGGUUUGGCUGUAACAUCAGCUUAUAUGGCAAAAUAUAUUGUUCGAGAUAUAGCUGCCUAUGUUGGUCCCGCUAGAGAUGUCAUGUCUCUUGCUAAAGUAGAAAUCAGUCUUGCUGCUGUUCCUGUAGGCAAAAAUGCAGUAUUUGAAUGGCGUAAUAAACCAAUCUUUGUUCGUCAUCGUACACCACAAGAAAUAGCAAGAGAAGAAGGUGUCAAUGUUACUCAAUUACGUGAUCCACAAGAUGACUCUGCACGAGUACAAAAACCUGAAUGGCUUAUUGUUAUUGGUAUUUGCACACAUCUUGGUUGUAUUCCAAUUGCAAAUGCUGGUGAUUUCGGUGGUUAUUAUUGCCCAUGUCAUGGUUCACAUUAUGAUGCUUCGGGACGAAUACGUAAAGGUCCAGCACCUCUCAACCUUGAAGUUCCCCAAUAUGUAUUCAAAGAUGAAAAUACUGUUGUCAUCGGUUAG